ACAACCCAGUUUACCUUUCCCACAACAACCACCUCACACAACAAGUGGUGCCCAUUUUACAAAUGUGGGUUUUGUUCCUCCUGCCACCCUCCAUUCUGGGCUUUGAGGGCCCUGACAUGGGAAAGAAGGGGAUUUAGGACUGUAGGAUCCUCCCAAAUUCCCCAAAGACCUUCCCACUGUUAUCUUUUCCUCCCCAAAGGGUGGCUACAACCUGACAUCCAUCUCAGAGUCAAUGGCUGCCUGUACCCAUUCCCUCCUUGGAGAUCCGCCACCCCUGUUAUCGAUGCUUCGGCCACCACAACCAGGGGCCCUGGCCUCAAUUACAGAGACCAUCCAAGCCCAUCGCAAAUACUGGCGCAGCCUGAGGGUCCUGAAGGUAGAAGACAAGGAUUCACCCUGCACUUCCAAACCCAUCACCAGGAAGGCAUCCCAUCCAACCCAUCUUAGGUUGGCUAAGGGGGUAACCAUGCCAGAAGGGAAGGGUGUAAAAGCAAGCAUGAGGAAAGUUACCUCAGCGUCAUCUGCAAAAGCACCUACUGCAGCUCACACCAAAGUGAAGACAGCCAAAGUGACCACAUGUGCUCAAAACAAGGCUCAGAGAGAUAGUUGGAAAUCAAAACUAACCUGGGACACCUCUGAGAACACUGUGGGAGGAGCCAUGGUGGUCCAGGCCAUCUUCGAGAAUAGUGUUGGAGGAACCAAGAUGAACCAGGCGACCUCCAAUGAGACUGUGGGAGAAGCCAUGAUGGACCCGAUCAACUUUGAGGAGACUGAUGGAGAAGGAGCCGUGGUGGACAAGGUCAUCUGUGAGAAGACUGAAGGAACCAAGGUAGACCAAGCCACCUCUGAGGACACUGUGGGAGGAGACACGGUGGAUGAGGCCACUUCCAAGGAGACUGUGGGAGGAGACAUGGUGGACCAAUCCACCUCAGAGGAGACUGUGGGAGGAGACAUGGUGGACCAGGCCACCUCUGAGAUUGUGGGAGGAGCCAAGGUGGACCAGGGCCCCUCCAAGGAGAUUGUGGGGGGAGACAUGGUGGAUCAGGCCACCUCUGAGGAAACAAUGGGAGGAGCCAAGGUGGACCAGGCCACCUCCAAGGAGACUAUGGGGGGAGACAUGGUGGAUCAGGUCACCUGCAAGGAGACCAUGGGAGGAGCCAAGGUGGACAAGGUCACCUGCAAGGAGACCGUGGGAGGAGCCAAGGUGGACGAGGUCACCUGCAAGGAGACCAUGGGAGGAGCCAAGGUGGACGAGGUCACCUGCAAGGAGACCAUGGGAGGAGCCAAGGUGGACAAGGUCACCUGCAAGGAGACCAUGGGAGGAGCCAAGGUGGACAAGGUCACCUGCAAGGAGACCGUGGGAGGAGCCAAGGUGGACAAGGUCACCUGCAAGGAGACCGUGGGAGGAGCCAAGGUGGACAAGGUCACCUGCAAAGAGACCUUGGGAGGAGCCAAGGUGGACGAGGUCACCUCCAAAGAGACUGUAGGAGAAGCCACCUCAGGGGAAGUCAUACUAGACCAGACCAACUCAGAGGAUGCUCUGGGAGGAGCCAAGCUGAUCCAAACUCCUCUAGACUCAGACAGAGAUAAGCAGAUCUCACUUCAGCAGGGAACCACAUUCCAGCUAUCCCCCAUUCAGCAGAUUGGGAAUCCCAGAAUUUUAGAACCAGGCAAUGAAGCUCAGAGAGCCCUGGAAGAUGAAGACCCAGAAGAUGAAGGCCUACUGGGAGAAGCAGCUGGAGGUGAGCCUAUUACUAACUCUCAGCUGGCAUUUGGAUCUGAUGAAGCUGCUGCUGCUGUUGCUACUAUUACUGUUGCUCCUGACAAUGAUGAGGACUUAUUUUAUGCUGUAACACCAAUGCCUUGGUGCCCCCAUUUGGGGGCAGUGUGCCCCAUACCUGCAGCAGGACUGAACGUAAACCAACCUUGUGAUACCUGUGGAACUAUGGAGGAGAACUGGGUGUGUCUUAGUUGUUAUAAGGUCUACUGCAGUCGCUAUGUAAAUGGCCACAUGGUCAGCCAUUACGAAGCUUCUCAACACCCAUUAGUCCUCAGCUGUGUAGACCUCUCUUCCUGGUGUUACCAUUGUGAGGCCUAUGUCCACCACCAGGAUGUCCUCCAUGUGAAGACUGUGGCUCACAAGAACAAAUUUGGAGAGGACAUGCCCUCCCCCAAUUAAAUCCACAUCAUCUUCUACCUUUCCCAAGACCCCAAAAUAAACCAGCCCAAGUUCUUAGUUUGUUGUAACCUGUACCUUGGGUGAGGGUAACCCCUCAUUCUGCCCCACCCUGAAUAUCCUUUACAAGUUUCCCAUGGGUGCUUAUUUAAGUGUAAAUAAUUUUUAAGAAACUGUAAUGUUCAGUUUUGGACCUGAUCUUACCCACUACCUGUUCAAGGAACACCACUACUUCACCCCAGAAGGAGAGGGAAAACUCAGUAGCCCCAAGCCAGGGGUAACACUGGAGGGAGGGGAACUGGCAGUAACAGCAGGGUUGCAUAUGAAUAAAGUUGAUGCAAAAACUGGAGAAAGCCUUUUGAGUAUGUUG